AUGUCGAACCAAACUCCUGAAUCAUGGGAGGACGAACUCUCGAGACAGACCGAGGGUGUUAACCUGAACCAGGGUCGCCCUCAAGGCCAGAUUCCCACCUUCACGCCUGGUGCAGCGAGCUUCCAGCCUGGUGCCGCGUCCUUCACUCCUGGAGCUUCCUCCUUCGUACCUGGACAGCAGUACCAGCAGUACGGUGGCUACCCUUAUGCCCAGUACGGCCAACAGCAGGGCUAUGGCCACCCCCAGCAGCAACAGCAGGCCUAUGGUCAGUACGGCGCAUACAACCAGCAACCCGGCAACUACAACCAGUAUGGCGCAUACAACCAGCAGCCCGGUGGCUUCCAGCAGCAGCCUCGUCAGAAUGCACCCGUUGCUCCCCAACAGCCUGCCCCUGCUUCCGACGCCCCACCCAAGGCUAAGGUCCUGUCCAUCGGAGCGUCCUCCUCUACCACUGCCCCCAAGACCAAGGUCCUUUCGAUUGGGGCUUCCUCCUCCACCACCUCUACACCUAAGACCAAGGUCCUAUCCAUUGGUAACCCCGCCCCCGCGAAGGCUUCAGAUGAGACCAGCAAGGGUGAUUCCAUGGGUACCGCGGCCGCCGAAGCGGGUGCCAAGGUGACCGCUGCUAAGGCCAUCGACAAGACCACGGACUCCAAGGCUGUGGCUUCUGGCCAGUCUUCGCCUACUCCGUCCGGUCGGUCCAGCCCUACUGGUCGCUCCAGUCCCGCUCGCACUGGUGUCGAGGCCGCUAAAGCUGCCCGUGCUGCCGAUGCAGUCGCCAAGGCACAGCAGGCCGAUGUCGAUGAUGCCACCUUGAAGGAAAUCUAUGGUGAGAAGCGUGAGCACGUGAACGUUGUCUUCAUCGGUCACGUUGAUGCUGGAAAGUCCACCCUGGGUGGGUCUCUGUUGUAUUGCACCGGCAUGGUGGAUGACCGUACGAUGGAAAAAUACAAGAGAGAGGCCAAGGAAGCCGGUCGUGAGACCUGGUAUAUGUCUUGGGCUCUGGAUCUUACCAACGAGGAGCGAGCCAAGGGAAAGACCGUCGAAGUAGGAAGAGCACACUUCAGUGUCCAAAUCCCUCACCCUGAUGGUGCUAUCGAGCGUCAAUUCUCGAUUCUGGAUGCUCCUGGACACAAGUCCUAUGUUCCCCACAUGAUUGGUGGUGCCUCCCAGGCCGACCUUGGCUGCCUUGUCAUCUCUGCCCGUAAGGGUGAGUACGAAACUGGUUUCGAGAAGGGUGGCCAGACCCGUGAACACGCUCUGCUUGCCCGAAACAGCGGUGUCCAGAAGCUGGUCAUUGUUGUCAAUAAGAUGGAUGAUCCCACUGUUGAGUGGAGCAAGGCGCGUUUCGAUGAGUGCACAAUCAAGGUCAUCAAAUUUUUGGAAGCUCUUGGCUACAAGAAGGAUGACAUCCUUUGCAUGCCCAUCUCCGCGCAACGUACACUGGGCAUCAAGGACCGUGUCCCGCAGGAUGUCUGCCCCUGGUACAACGGCCCCUCUCUGCUUGAGUAUUUGACCGAUUUCAAGCUCCCUGAGCGUAAGAUCAACGCUCCAUUCAUGAUGCCUAUCAGCUCCAAGUACCGUGACAUGGGUACGAUGUGUGAGGGACGUAUUGAAUCCGGUGUAAUCAAGAAGAACGGCAACUAUAUCAUGAUGCCCAACAAGACCGAGGUUUCGGUUGCUGCUCUCUACGGUGAGACCGAAGAUGAGAUUGCGACCGCCACUUGCGGUGACCAGGUUCGCUUGCGUCUGCGUGGUGUCGAAGAAGAGGAUUUCCUUCCCGGCUUCGUGCUCUGCUCGCCAAAGCGCCCCGUUCACUGUGUGAGCGCUUUCGAGGCCAAGAUCCGUAUUCUGGAUCUGCAGAGCAUUCUUACCGCCGGUUUCAACUGUGUGAUGCACGUUCACUCUGCUGUUGAGGAAGUUACUUUCGCUCAGCUUCUCCACAAACUUGAACCCGGUACUGGUCGCAAGAGCAAGCGCCCUCCGGCGUUCGUCAACAAGGGUCAGACCAUCAUUGCCCGUCUUGAGGUCACUAGCACCGCUGGAGCUGUCUGUGUCGAAGAGUUCACCUUCAAUGAAUCCAUGGGACGAUUCACCUUGCGCGAUAAGGGACAAACCAUUGCCAUUGGUAUGAUCACUAAACUCUGCCUCCCGGAGAACGAGGCUUAA